AUGUUUCCUGUCGCUUUUGCGUUGCUUCCCAACAAGACCAAGCGGACGUAUGUUAGGCUUUUCACUUUGCUGAAGGAUAUUGUUGUGAGACGACUUGGCAUCGAACUUUCACCAGAAAUAUUCCAGAUCGACUAUGAAGCAGCAGUUAUCAGUGCUAUUAGUGAAGUCUUCCCCGACAGUUCCGUCCGAGGUUGCCUAUUCCAUUAUUCUCAAGCUUUGUGGCGUCAAGUUUUGGAGAGGGGACUGUCUCGCGACUACAUGAACAACCCAGCAGUCCAAGCCCACGUUCGACGAGCAGCUGCUUUGCCACUUCUUCCCCUGAACCAGGUCCAAGAUGCUUGGUUUGAAGUCAUCGAGCAGUCUCCCGACGGCGACAGAGUAGCAGCCUUCAACGACUACGUCACCAGCACCUGGGUUGAAGAUGAUGCCAAGUUCCCAGCACACAUCUGGAACCAGCACGAAAACACAGGCCCGCGCUCAAACGACGAUAUGGCGGGCUUGUUAUGGAGAUUUUAUAUCAAAGAGGAUUAA